AUGUCAUACUAUUUUAAGAACAUCAAACCAGGCCAUCAUUCUGAUGAAGACUUGGAAGAUGACGAGUUGUUGAGCACUCUAUCUAGAAGACAUGUUAAAGGCGACGUAGAUGAGGAGAAUGACAGCGAUGACGGGCUUUCAACCCUUUCCUUUGAUGCCUUGAGAAAGGCAGAGGCUCAAAUAGAGCAAGAGACUCGAAACGCUCAACGAAGCAAAAAGGAUGUAGAAAAACCGAAGCUGUCUCGCUUUAAAAAUCGUCAAAAUGAGGAACCAAGAAGGCACCCCAAAGAAUUCACGGAGGAGUCGUUUGAAGAGGGAUCAGAAAACUCUUCUGAGGAAGAAGGCUUUUUCGAAGAGGAAGAAGAUGGUAGACUUUCCAGUCGAACACAAAAUGACCGCAAGUCGAAGAAGAAGAGCAGCCAUGCUCCAAAAGAACAGUCUGCUAAAAAGAAGGCUCCCAAGUACAGAAAGAUCCCAGGCCUUGAAGCUCCUAAAAGUCAAAAUGAAAAUCUUUAUCAGGACAUUCGCUUCGACAAAUCCUUGGGGAAAUCAGAAGACUAUGAAAGUAUACGCAGGCGGUACAAGUUCUUAGACGAGUACAGGCAGAAUGAAAUGGACGAACUGAAUUCACUGUUGAAAGACAGCAAAUUUUUGAACAAAAUUACAGAUAGCGAGAGGGAAGACAUGGAGCAAAGGCUCAUGAGUAUGAAGUCGAAACUUCAAUCGUUACAAAACCGCGAUCUGGACCGGAAAAUUCUAAAGGAUUACGAGGCGAAUAUGAACAAGGACAACAAGACCAAGUACCAUCUCAAAAAGUCUGAGCAGCGUAAAGUGAUACAGAAAUACAAAUUUGACCACAUGAAGGCAAAGCAGAGAGAAAAGGUAAUGGAUAGGAAGCGCAAGAAGAGACGGGGUAAAGAAUUUAAACAAUUUUCGUUCCAUGAUCGCUGA